UCGACCAUGCACUCGCUGCACACCAAUCCUCCCAGGCCCAUGGGCCCUCGCACACAGCGAGCAGCAUCCCCAGCCUCAGGCCACAGCUCGCUCGACGUCGCGCCUCUCAACGCUCGCAAGUCGUCCAGUAUCAAUCUGCGAGAGGCCGCCUUGUCGUCCAGCUCACAAAGUAGCAGCCACUCUUCUGCCUCUUCGCCCUCUCCAUUGAGCCCCAGCCACGACCUCAGUCCCCGUCCUGGUCGUCCAUCUUUGGCCCUUCCAGGCCAGUCGUCUGGAUCUCGUCCUAAGCUCUCGCUCCCAAAGCUCAGUUUCGGCUCGGGCGAAGGCCCGUUCGCUGGCGGUUAUGCUGGUGGUCCAAACAACGCGAACGGCUCGUAUUCUCCGCAGGUCAACGGGAGCGGCACGCUCAGCGCAGCCGAGAGCGAGCCUACCAUCCGCCCACAGCAGACCAUUUCUCCGCAGACCCGGCCACCGCCCGUAGUAUCUAUGGAGAGCCUGCGCCAAACGGUGGAAGAAUUUGAUAAAUACUCCGAUGAUGUCCUGGAGGAGCUGUCUCGGCUCGGCGAGGGAGCAGGCGGUGCCGUUUACAAGGUACGAGACAAGCGGACGGGCGCGAUCAUGGCUAGGAAGACGAUCACGACGCUCGAGGCGCCGAUGAAACAGCUCCUGCGCGAGAUCAAAAUCAUUUCGUCCACAUCGCACGUAAAUAUCAUCAAGUUUUACGGGGCGUACAUGUCCUCGUCGAGCAGCGAGGUCAAGGUCCUCAUGGAGUACGGCGAGGGCGGCAGUUUGGAGUCCGUUGGUAAGCAGCUGAGGCUGAUCGGUGGACGCGUCUCCGAGAAGGUUACUAGUCGCCUCGCGGAGGGUAUCUUGCAAGGCCUUGCGUAUCUCCACUCUCAGAAGACCAUCCAUCGGGACAUCAAGCCACCAAACGUGCUCUUGACGCGCGAGGGCAUCGUGAAACUGUGCGACUUUGGUGUCUCCGGAGAGCUGAUCAACUCCAAUGCGGGAACCUUCACCGGUACCAGCCUCUACAUGGCACCGGAACGCCUUGCAGGCGAUCAAUAUAGCAUUCGGUCCGAUGUGUGGUCAACAGGCAUUACGUUACUUGAACUCGUGCAGAACCGCUUCCCUUUCCCGCAAGAUAUUGCCCAAAUCGAGCUCAUGAUGCUCAUCACGCAGAAUGAGCCACCAGAGCUUGAGGAUGAAGACGGGAUUAAGUAUGGUGCCGAAAUGAAGGAGUUCAUGAAAGCUGCUUUAACGCGUCAGCCGGACCAACGACCGACGCCAAGUCAGCUCCUUCAACAUUCCUGGAUCGUCAACAUGAUGAAACAAGAAGUUAACAUGGCGUUCUGGCUCCGUAAGGUUUGGCGCUGGAAGAAGGAGAAACGGUCGGACGACUCCCGCCCUAGCUCCAGCCGAGGUGCCCAAGCAUCAAUCGAGAAUGCCUUGGCGGGUCUUCGGAUGAACAAUGACUCUCCGCCGUUCUACGAAGAGAGCUGAGCUUCUUCGUACCUCAAGGCCGCCCCACAACCCUCGUUCGGAUCCUGUGGACCUCCGAGCUUCAAAGCUAACCUCUCUCGAUUUUCCUCGUGUCUUAUACUACACGUCCGUUCAAAGGAAGUUAUUCUUGCAAUUGUGACCUAUGCUCCAGUGGCUUGCUCGUGUUUCUUUAUUUCUCCACCUCGCUGGCCAUAUUCUAGUCGUUGUGUCUGUAGCACUCACCCUCUGCGCUUUCGCUAGCAGUCCCUAUACAUUCUGGUCUACACUUGCAUCCCAAACUGCUCCAUCUAGUGGUUCUUUUUUCUUCGUACGCAUACACUGACGUCGCCUGUGUUCGUAGCGCAUCGAAUCUCG